ACUCUGCUGAGGAGAAGAUGAGAUAAAGCCACUCAGAUGGAGGCCAGUGCCACCACCCUCAAGAGGCUGAAGUUUGGGAAGCUGAAGGUGGUCCGUCGGAGCCUGCUGCAGAGGUACGAGCAGCAGCCCUUCAUCUCCUGCCUGGCUGGUUUCUACAGCUGCCGCUGGAAGCGGUACCAGCGCGAAAGGACCGAGCCUGGGAAAUGCUGCUGCAACAUGCGGGAAUGCAUGUUUUUCCCAUUGCUCGUUGCAGCUUUCUGCUUUUCUCUGGUCUUUCUGUACACGUGGGGUGAAGGUAAAAAUGACUACAACAGCUUUGACUGGUAUAACUAUGGGAACCUGGGCUACUGGUUUCUCUGGUCUCUUCUUAUCCUGAUUGUGGCUGCAGUCUUGUUCACAUACAUCUCACUGUUACUGGUCCUUGCGAUGUGUUUACUCGCAGAAGGUCAGCAGCUGUACCUGCACUGGAGUCACAAGAUUGGGACUUUUCUCGUCCUGGGCUUCUCUCUCGCAUCCCUCUUUGCAUUAUCCAUACUCUGGCGAGAUCACCGGAAAACUGUCCGUCUGUCAUUCCAGGUCACAGCUCCUUACCUCCACAUAGGGGCAAUUGCCAUCAUGGUCCUUCUUGCCUGGCCUGUGGCUCUUCAUGCCAUCAGAGCAGAUAAGAAAGUUACUCAGGUGAUAAUUGUUGGUCCAUACCUGGCUAUCCUUCUCUUUCUUUUCUUGAUACCUCUGGGGAUGUACUCUCCUUGCAUCAGAGAGAUGGGAACACUUGGACCAAAGCCAGCCCUCAUUGGACACCGUGGAGCACCAAUGCUGGCACCAGAAAACACUGAGAUGUCAUUUCUGAAGACAAUUGAGCAUGGUGGGGAUGGGCUUGAAACAGAUGUCGCUAUAAGCUAUGAUGGGGUUCCUUUCCUCAUGCAUGACGACACCUUGAGGAGGACAACUAACAUCGAAGAGGUCUACCCUAAUGACGCUGGUAAAGCUGCUUCAUUUUUCUCCUGGGAUGCCCUGCGGAAACUGAACGCUGGAAAGUGGUUCCUUAAGAACAAACCAUUUGUAGGGAUGGGCUCCCUGUCAAAGGCAGAUCAAAAGCAGGCAAAGAAUCAGUCCAUUUACACACUAAGUAGUUUUUUGCGCCUGGCAGACAGUCACAAUAAACUUGUGAUAUUUGAUCUCUACCGCCCUCCAGAGAAACAUCCUUACAGGAACUUGUGGCUCCGCAAAGUCCUGGAUGUCAUCCUCAAAGAGUCGAAGAUUAAACGCCAUCUGGUCCUGUGGCUGCAUAACAGCGUGAGGUCCUUUGUUCAAUCUGUUGCUCCAGGGUUUCAGCACACCAUGGGCAGAAAGGCACCAAUAGAAGACCUAUUAAAGCACAAUAUUGUCAAACUCAAUCUGGUCUACACUGACAUGUCCAGUGAAGAUAUCCGGAAAUAUGCUGAGGCAAACAUCACCACCAACUUCUAUGUGGUCAACGAGCCAUGGCUCUAUUCCCUGGCAUGGUGCUCUGGGGCACACUCUGUGACCACCAAUGCCGUCCACUUGCUGAAGGAUCUCAGCCAGCCACUCUUCCUCAUGACUCCACAGCAGUACAACAUCAUGUGGAUCCUGACAGAUCUGACCUCUGCCUUCCUCAUCUCACUCAUCUUUGCUCUGCACUGGUGUCGAGAGAAGAAUCUCUCCUCCUGUGCCCAAGACAAUAACCUGAUGAUAGAGAGUGGUGACACCUACAACAAAUUCAAGAGAAAUUCAGAGCUCAGCAACAUGCCUGCCGUCCUGGCCUGA